CAACACACCAUACAAUAGGGAUUAGGACACUUUUAUCUUGGAUACAUAUCUUAUUUAGAUAUUUAUUGAUAUUUAUUCAUCAUGAUUGACAGAAGUGACAAUUCUAUAGUUUAAAAAAACUUUUGGUAUCUUCUUACGAAAAGAGAAAUAAAAGUUUUUUUAUCUACAGUUACAAAUGAGGUUAACGUGUACAAGAAGCGAAAGAUAAUAAUUCUUCCAAUUACGAAUAUCCUACAUUUCUCAUCGUCAUGGUAGAAGCAGCUGGGUGUGGAGAAUUACAGCAGUUGGUUCAAGAAGAAGAAUGCGAAGAGCCACUCAGUCAUGGAGGAGAAGCUACUCCUCCAUCAACGCCAGCGAGAUCUCAUCGUCCGAACAAAACUGAAGUUCAUAAUUCUAGUAUAUCGCAACAAAUAUUAUGGGAAAACAACGCACAAACAUCGCCAAUUAUUAGCAAAGGAAGCUCCGGUCAAGGAACGAGUCAAGGCUCCAUGGUUUCCAGUCGUGCUGCUAAUGCUUCAAGUUAUACUGGCAAUCAAUCUCGACUAACAUAUCUUAAUGAGAAGGAAAAGCAGAGGCCUAAUCGGCCUGAUCCACCGAGAAUUGUAAGACAGCACAAAGCUAUGGUGCCAUGCAAACACCAUUGCUUUCUGUCAGAGGUUCCUGAUGUUCGUCAUAUGGAGCAAGCUUUGCUACAAUUGCUGGAAGAUUUUCACAGUGGCAAUUUACGAGCAUUUGGAAAAGAUUGUAGUAUGGAACAGAUGACGGAAAUACGAGAGCAACAGGAACGUUUGACUAGACUACACUUCGAGUUAGGUCAACGACAGGAAGUGGGUGGCGAGCAGUCAGGUCUCCGACAAUCAAAUGCGAAUAUGCGUCAUUUGCUUCAUCGUCUUCAACAAUUGAGUGUUUGUAUAGAAAAAUUACAUAGCAAAUGA